AUGAAUGAAGAGCCAGCGCUGCAAGCAAGAAAACCAUGUUUGAAGAAAUCAAAAGAGGAUGUGGACGGAUGGACACAUCUGGACCUGAGUUCUCAAGGAAUAAGGAAUAUAUCCAAGGCGCUGUUUGAUCUUACGUUUAUUCGAACGCUGAAUCUGAUGGGCAACGAAAUAGAAGUGGUUCCGAAGGAGAUAUGGAAACUAAAGAAUCUUGAGUCGUUGAAUCUCAGCAAGAACAAGAUCAGAUGCAUUCCUGUGGAAAUGGGCAAGAUGGUGAACCUGAGGGAGUUGGAUCUUAGUGACAAUCUGAUUUCGAAUGUGCCGAUGGAGAUAGGCACGCUAUACAAUCUUGAGGUUUUUGAGAUGUCGAACAAUCCGUUGAUAGUGCCUUUCAGUACGCUUGCUAAGGAGAAGAAGUUAUUGGCGUUCUGUAGGGAGCACAACACAGGAUAUUCGUCACCAAGCGAUAGGUCAUGGAUGGAGUGUUCCAGUAGGAAUGCCUUGCAUGGGGAUACCGUCAGUGUUGGGGUUUUUAACAUUCUUUCGAAUGUGUAUGCAUCUAGGCUUACGUAUGCACCGUCAUGGGUGAUCAAUCCUGAGUUCAGACGAGAGGGUGUUCUGCAGGAGAUUGUGCUGUACAAUGUGGACAUACUGUGCUUGCAAGAGAUUGAGCUGUACAGCUUUUUUGACUUCUACAAGGAGCAGCUUGAGAUGAGAUGCAGCUAUGAUUCAAUUAUAUAUCCGCGAGGAAGAGUAAAGAAUGUUGCUGAGAAGAAGAGCGUCGAUGGAUGCGCAAUAUUCUGGAGGCGAAGCAAGUUCCGGCUGAUUGCGCAGUUUCCGAUUGACUUCUACCAAAAAAUGGCACAGGAUGCUAAGUUUGAAGAAAACCGAAUGCUUCUUGACAGGUACGGAAAGAAGGAUAAUGUUGCAAUUGCUGCGCUUUUAGAGAAGACAAACGGGCAGCAGGUGCUGGUUGUGAAUACGCACAUAUUCUGGGAUCCUGAGUAUCCAGACAUUAAGCUGUUGCAGACGAUACUGCUGAUAGAGGAGAUCCAAAGGAUCAAAUCAAGGUAUCCAAAUGCAUUUGUAAUUAUGCAGGGCGAUUUUAACUCUCUUAGGUGCUCAUCUGUGUACAAAUCUGUAACAACUCAGCAAAUCGAUACUGCUGACUUUGGAGACAUGAAAUGCUACCAAGAUAUAUGCAAGGAUGCUACGGGCUUAGGCAUGAAAGAUGCAUAUGCGAGCCAAGAUCUGGAGUUUACGAACUUUACUCCUCAGUUUAAGGAUGUAAUAGACUAUAUAUUCUAUGGCGAUGGGUUGACAUUAACAUCCGUGUUGUCGCCCGUGGACAACGAAUAUACAGAAAAGGUUGUGGGCCUUCCAAGCAUUCACUUUCCUUCGGAUCACGUUUUCCUAGGUGCAAAGCUUGCAUUCCCAAAUAAGAUGUCUGUAUCAAGCAUGUUUAAUAAGUCCCUGGCAAAGUAG